AAGCCCCCCCUGCCGCUUUGCCGGUGCUAUUGUCUUGAUGUAUCGCAACCAUGAGUAUCUACCGCCAUCAUGAUGUUAUUUCUUUGCAUUAAUCGCUGUUCGUGAACCUUGCACAAUGAGCACCGACACUCCAAAAUCGCCGCGACUGAGAGAGGACGGUGUAAUUGGCUUCGCCGAUGCGCCGUACCCGCGCGAACCCAGCCAUGCUACCGUCGACGCUGCAGAACUGGUCCGCGAUGCCACCGUCGGCAGCGCCAUGGAGCCUGCGCGAGUGUAUGUCUUUGCUUUUGGGAGCGAGGACAAUACACCAGCUCCGCGAAUAGAGAACCGCCCACUGCCGAAGGUACACCUUAGCGGCUGGAGAAAGCACGCCCACUCAGGAAUCACCCUUUUCGCCAUGACGGUGCCGUGGAUCAGCGGGAUGAUAGUUUCGUGGAUGCCUCUGACGAGAAUCAGCCUUCGCGAAGCAACUGGCGAAGUCCUGGUGAACAUAAUUGCCAGCACCAUCGAGGUAUCCGCCAUCGCUAUAGUCAUCAUCACCAUAACCUUGCGGACCUGGUUGGACCCGUCGUUCGCAUCUCGGCCAGCCUGCGGCAGCCCCGUCGCGGCCAUGAUCCUUAUUCUGUUUCUGGUGAUGGAUCCCCUGGUUACGGGGGGCGUCGUCUGGGCACGAGUCAAUAUGGUGCCUUGCCAAAAGGGCUCGGGAAGCGCUCAGUGCCGCGUUGGCGAUGACCUUCUCCGAGCGAUCGGUGCCUUUAGAGCCAUCGGAGUGUAUGACCUCUUUUUUACCUUCAACACUAUUUAUUAUGGAGUAUUUCACGCGCUAAUUUCCUUCUAGAUUUGGAACCUUCUGCCUUGGUUGCUUAAUAGCCAACCAGGUAUCAAAAGCAAUGGAACACGGGCUGCUGCGGCGGCGCCAAAAGUGGCAAGUUUGACAGAACUUAAUAUACAAACCAUUUAUGCUUAUUAAUGGUCUGGCUGAUCGAUUGCUAUCGUGAAGUGGCCAAAUCAUCCAGUGAUACUCUCGGAAACUCAAGUGCUUCAUUUAGUUGGGUAUCUUUGAUCGUGGUCCCUCUCCUCUUGGGUCUGCUCGACUCGAGCGCUGUCAAACAAUCUAAGCAGAUCACCGCUGAGAAGGUAUCUACGUAUGGUCCGAGUCUCAAUAUCUGUUGGUCAUGACCUUGUCAAAAUCCAAGUAAGCCCGAAGG